AUGGCUCUUGCAAGUGAGAGAGAAGACAGUCCAGCAAUUGAUAAACCACAGCCAAGACCAGCAGAAGCUCCAACACUUCCGGUGCGCUGGCGUGAUCUUCCCAACAAGACACAACUUUUCAUCCUGGCACUGUGUCGCCUGUCCGAACCACUUUCCAACGUGUGCCUCCUCCCCUACCUCUUCUACCUGGUCCGGUCCGCGCUCACCUCUGGAGACUCUCUGAAAGGUGGCACGAAUCCUCCUCCCACGCCAGACGACAUCAGCUACACCUCAGGCCUUCUCGUGGCCUCGUUCCCUCUCGCCCAGUUCCUCGUUUCCCUCCCGUGGGGCUGGCUGUCGGACCACCACGGGCGCAGGCCCUCCAUCCUCCUCGGCCUGCUGGUCUCCGCCAUGGCCAAUGCGGCUUUUGGGUUCAGCCGCAGCCUGGGAUGGCUGUUCUUCUGGCGCAGUGUCGCGGGUGUGGCCAACGGCAAUGUGGGUCUCAUGAGGACCGUCACGGCCGAGCUGGUGACGGACAGGAGGCUGCAGACGCGGGCUUUCCUUGUGCUGCCUCUGGUGUUUAACAGCGGUAUGGUCGCCAGCCUGGCACUGGGCGGUCUUUUGGCCGAGCCUGUGGAGAAAAUGCCUGGUCUGUUUGGUCCCGAUGGCAUCCUCAACUGGGGAGGGAAUGAGGAAGGGGUCGUGUGGAUGACAAGGUAUCCCUUUGCGCUGCCUGCUCUGAUGAACGCCUUUGUGCUGAGUAUAGCUCUCGUGUUGGCUGUGCUUGGGUUGAGGGAGACGUUGGUAGGGAAGGAGAAUGAGGGGAGGGGCCUACUGUCUCGACAUGACAACAAUAUCAACAACAGAGGCAUCAGAUAUCAACUGCUCAGCAGCGGUCAGCAGUCUGAGGAGGCCAAGAGGUAUUCCACGGCUUUUCAUAACACUGCGACGCCCCCUCCUGGUAGGAAAGAAACCGAGCUGUCCUUCCGAAAGAUCUGGACGCGGCGGGUUGUUGCAGCCAUGGUCUCGUUUGGUCUACUGCCUCUGCACAAUUCAGCCUUCAUGCACAUCUUCCCAAUCUACCUCUCCACACCCCGUCGUGGUAGCGGCGGCGAGAUCGAUGAACAAAACGCCAACAACGCCGAGGAGGCUACCACCAGGACCGAAGCCUUGUUCACAGGCGGCCUCGCCCUCGACGCCAGGACAAUCGGCCUCUGGCUGUCCCUCUUCGGCAUCUGCGGCAUCGCCCUCCAACUCCUGGCCUACCCACGCCUACAAUCCCAUCUCGGCGGCACCCUCGCCGUCUUCCGCCUCAGCCUGCUCCUCUUCCCAGCCGUGUACGCCGCCGCACCCUUCCUCGGCGCCCUACCCGCAGACACGGUAUGGCAAUGGCUCGGCCUCGCCCUCGUCGCGGGGUUCCAGAUUGGCGCCCGAACGCUGGCUAUUCCGAGCACGGUUGUCCUGCUGACCGAGGCGGCUCCCUCGAGGGCGGUGCUGGGGACUGUGCACGGCGCGGGAGGGAUGCUUGCGAGUCUGGCCAGGGCGGCUGGGCCGGCGGUGGGCGGGUGGGUGUUUGCUUUGGGGGUGCGCCACGAGGUGAUUGGGGCUGCUUGGUGGUUCUAUCUGGUGCCGACUGCUUUGAUGGCCUUGUUGUGGUGUUUUCUGGCGCAGAGAGACGAGUGA